CUGCUGUGUGAGCAACAACACUGUUUACUGUGAGUGAUUCAAGUUAUAAAUAUUAGAGCUGAGAGAUACAGUCGGCCACUGAAGGACAAAGCCACAGUGCCAUUUUGAAGAUGAGAUUCAUCGUGGUGUUGGCGACUCUCUGCUUCAUCACAUGGAGGAAGUCGGUCCAUGCAAUGCAUGGACCCGUGUCCAGCUGUUGUCCUGGUUGGUCCACAACCAGAGUCCAUUUUACAAAAAUUAAGAAUUACACAAUUCAGUCUGAAGGUGUGUGUCCUGUCACAGCCAUAGUGUUUCAGACGAAGGUUGGAAUUAGAAUUUGCUCCAACCCCAACAGCACAUGGGCAAAAAAAACCAUUGUGAAGCUGGAUGAGGAGGCAAAAGGGUUGCUUGAGAUGGAACGGAUAGCACAAGCAUCCACAAGUGACUUCGCAUCAACAGUCCCCACUACAACAAAAAAAGCAAAAGGGUUGCUUCAGAUGGAACAGAUAGCACAGGCAUCCACAAGUGAUUUCGCAUCAACAGUCCCCACUACAACAAAAACAGCAAAAGGGUUGUUUGAGGAACAGAUGACACAGGCGUCCACAAGUGACUUCGCAUCAACAGUCUCCAUUACAACAAAAAAAGCAAAAGGGUUGCUUGAGAUGGAACAGAUGACACAGGCAUCCACAAGUGAUUUCGCAUCAACAGUCCCCACUACAACAAAAAAAGCAAAAGGGUUGCUUCAAAAGGAACAGAUAGCACAGGCAUCCACAAGUGAUUUCGCAUCAACAGUCUCCACUACAACAAAAACAGCACAAGGGUUGUUUGAGGAACAGAUGACACAGGCGUCCACAAGUGACUUCGCAUCAACAGUCUCCACGACAACAAAAAAAGCACCAGCGAAGAAAGACAGGAGCAGAAGGAUGCGGCAAAGGAAGAGGUUCAGGAGAAGGAGAAUCAGGCAGAGAAAAUGUGUCUGAUGACAUCUUUCCAACAGGAGUCUUGCUUUGCAACAUUAACAGUAAAGAGAACUCCUCUAUCUUCAUGAUUAAACAUCCAGUAUAUAUAUAUA